CACAUCACAUAUGGCCACCCAUACCACUUACACUCCACUCAAGUUUUACUUGCCAAAGAGCUUGUAGUUGCAAUACUAGACGGCUUAAACCUCCGAGACUUGCUCAAUAUUGCGCAGACGUGCACGACCAUGCGUGGGGUAGUUCUCAACCUCAUAGAAAAAUACAAACACCAGAUCCUGACUCUGUACAUCCUUUCUGAGUGUCGUCGCCAUCAAUUCUUCGCCGUUUUAACCGCCACACGCGGUGUGAUUACUGGAUCUUGCGCUCUCAACAUGAUUCUAGGUUCACCUUCAUAUCCCACCAACAAUCUCAAUAUCAUUGUUGCAGCGGGAGAAUUCGACACUAUGGCACGAUUUCUAACCGACGACCUUUUUUUUGUCACCGGUUCUACCACCAUACACAGAAUUAUGCGAUCUACAGUCCAAACUUUUACAGAAUUCAACCACCUCGGAGCCCGCAUCACUCUCACUGAAUCUAGGGACAAACAAGAUGUUAUAAGGGUCAUCAUCAACUGUCCAACCACCGCUGAUAUGUCAUUUAUCACGCCCAGAGGAGCUGCAACUCUUUAUCCCACUAUGACAAUCGCUAACAACAGAAGUUUCAACAUCAUCUAUAGUGAAAGUAUCCAGGUUGCGCAUGAUCUUGGUACAUUUGAAGAGAUGAAGAAGUCCGAGCUUAAAACUCCGGGGUAAAUCACAUACGAUACUUAGUUUGCCUCCGUGAGUUACACAGUUUAAGUGGUAGAAAUCAUGUUUUUGGGCUUGUGCGCAUGAUGAUAGAGAGAACGGAGGAGACUAAGACUAAUAGAACGGGGACAAAAAGAGAAAACUGCUACAGCAUCGGACAGGCCUUCCUUAAGUGGGCGAGGACUAGGUUGCACGCCACUGAAUG